UGUUAUGUUUCUGUUUUCAGGGCAAUGUUGCAGUGAUGAGCUGGUGUAUGUACAUGUCGGGAUUUUCACUCAUUCUCCUUGCACCUGCACCCUUCAUACCUGUAGAAUAUCCAUGGUGGAUCACCUCCCUGGUUUGUUUGGUUUACAUCAUCAGUUAUACGGGUGCCAUAGUAACCAAUGUCCCGGAUCUUAAUUUUAUUGCAGGAAAAACGGGUUAUCCAGACAACUACGGCACUUACGGUAUUGUCUCGGCCUCAGUGAAUGGAGCGCUGACGUCAGGUUUCUUUUCCGGGCCAUUCAUAGGUGGCGCUUUAACUGAUCAUAUUGGCUUUGCCUGGACAACCGUCGUGUUUGGAUUGAUACAGUGUGUGUUUGGACUACUUCUUAUAGCUCGACUAAUAGUGGAUAGAGUACUUGGUCAUAAAGAUGGCACCGUGGGAUUAACCAGACAAAUUUCUAGGCAAUUAUCAAAAGCCGGAGUGGAAUCGGUAGUGGAAAGUUCGGAAAUGGUAUAUUUAGAACAUAAUGAUCAUACCCAGUACAACACGGGGACUUCUGAUGACAAGGGAAUUGAAAACAAGGCGUUUGAUGGGUCGUCUGAUGUGAAAAGUCCGAUAUCAUGUGACCCGGGGAAACUAACUAAUAAUGUACCGGGGUCUACGACAUGUGACAUUCCUGAGUCACAUGUGGAAACCGAAAAUUCAGGCUCUGCUACAACAGAAUCGACAGCAGAGACAUCGAGUGACAGUGGAGUAGACGAUACCGAGCAUCAAAGUAAAGCUCCCGUGAAACAAACUGCAGACGGCACAAAACCAAACUGA